AUGAAAUCUGCGCAAGUUUAUACCCACGGCGCCAACCACAUUGGAGUUCGCCUUGUAGACCUUCCAACUCCACAGCCGUUGCCAGUCCAGGUUCUCAUCAAGGUCGUCGUCUCCGGCACCAACCCUAAGGACUGGAAAUACCCAGUCCUAUUCAACGGUCCGCAAAACGUGAAUACAGGCGAUGAUAUUGCUGGAUAUGUCGAGGCGGUGGGUCCCAACGUCACGGAGUUCAAGGUCGGCGAUCGUGUGGGGGCGUUCCAUGAGAUGACGACGGAGCACGGUUCGUUUGCUGAGUAUGCCAUCGCGUGGGAAAAGUCUACGUUCCACCUACCCAAGCAGACGUCAUUCGAGGAGGCAGCCACAGUACCUCUAGCAGCUAUGACGGCGGCUCUGGGGCUCUUCUGUUAUUUGGGCCUACCUGAGCCAUGGGCCACGGUGUCUCAGGCUCAAAAGGAUGCGCUCACUGGUGGUGUCGUCGUCUACGGCGCGGCCUCGGCAGUAGGCGCUUUUGCGGUGAAAUUGCUCGCGAGGGCGCAGAUCCACCCAAUCAUAUGUGUUGCAGGCCGAGGGAUUCCCUUUGUCGAAAGUCUGCUCGAUAAAUCCAAGGGCGACACCGUGAUCGACUAUCGCACCGGCGACGAGAAAGUCGUGGAGGGUAUUCGGAGCGCCAUCCCGCAUGGCGGUAAACUUCUAUAUGCGUUUGACGCCGUGAGCGAAGGUACUAGCUCUCAGAAUAUUGCCCAAGCACUCGAUGCUUACGGCAAAAUCACAUUUGUUCUCCCGGGCGAGUUCCAAGAUAUUCCACCGACGGCGACGAAAACCAUCACUCUCGUGGGAGCCGUACACGGGAACCCCAUCGCUGGAUCUGCAGAAGACUUGAGUGACUUUGGGUAUGCUUGGUUCCGGCUGUUUGGCUUAGGACUGAAAGAAGGAUGGUUCACUGGGCAUCCAUAUGAAGUCAUCCCGGGCGGGCUGAAUGGCGUUCAGACCGGCCUGCGGAAUCUGAAGGCCGGCAAGGCGAGUGCCGUGAAGUAUGUUUACCGCAUUGCUGAAACAGAGGCAUUGGGUCCGUAG